CUGAAAUCGAUUGGCGGCAAUUUCCAUGGUGACCUCACCCGUCUGCGCUCUUGCUGGAAUAUUAUUGGCGAAACUCGCUGUCAGUCAAACGCGCGCGCAUCUGAUUGGUUCAUAUGUGAGCCGCUGUGUUCUUCACGGCUCUGCUUUACGGCACACGCUUGCGAGAGAAACGCGUCUGAUUAUCUGCGGGAACAAACGACACAAAUCAGAGAUGAUUGAGGUGGUUUGUAAUGAUCGUCUGGGGAAGAAGGUUCGAGUCAAAUGCAAUCAGGAGGACACGAUCGGAGACCUGAAGAAGCUGAUCGCAGCUCAGACCGGCACACGGUGGGAGAAGAUCGUGCUCAAGAAAUGGUACACCAUAUUCAAGGAUCAUGUGUCGCUGGGAGACUAUGAAAUCCAUGACGGCAUGAACCUCGAGCUCUAUUACCAGUAGAACACACACACACACACACACACAUUACACCACUCACACUCACUCACACAC